GCUUUUGUUUUAGGCAGGAAAUGGGGAGCUUCAUUCAUGGAAAUGCAGAAGAAGCUGUUAGCUUCUUUCUGUAUGCUGAACUGAUCUUUCUCAAUAGGCCUGACUGGGGAAGGCUGGGACAGCUAGGCAGAAAGCUCUGGAUUCUCAGCGGCUAGACUGGGCAAUCAGGUUUCUAUGGUAACAUAGAGGGUGCUGAGGGAGCCCUGACAGCUGUCUCAAACUAAUAAGAGUCAACAACAAAAAGCCCUUUAAUCCCAGCACCCAAGGUAGAGGCAGGAAGACCUCAGUUCGAGGACAGCCUGGUCUAUAGAGGGAGUUUCAGGACAGUCAGGGCUACACAAAAAAAUCUUGUCUCAAAAAACAAAAAACCCUGGGGCUGGGGGAGGGAGACAACAGCCCAGAGGGUUCCCCUUGUUUGUUGUUCCAGGAACCCCUCACUCUCGGCUCAGCAACUGUUCUCCCUGGUGUUAACCUGUUUUGUUUAGUUCUGGUUCUGGUGCAGGGCUGACUCAGCCCAUGGGAUCUCAGUGUCUGCCUGGCUCUUCCCUACUGGCAUCCGAUAGUCUGAUUUCCAGGACACACACAACACCCAGGUGCCCAGAUCCCAGAUGUGAGGGGAGAUAGCAGCUGAGGGACAGCAGGCUCACUAUUCCCCAGGGCAGAGGCAUAGGGAAGGAUGGGCUUCCUCUGGAGAAGGGAUAGCAGGGAGUGCUGCUGUGGUAAUCAGACUGCUGUUCAGAGUUCAGUCCUUCGGCACAUACCAGGCUUAGGAGGGACAGGUACUCCUCCACUGAGGCCCCUGGUGUGCAGAGCUGGGACAGAGGGCAGAGGGCGCCUGGGGCAGAGGGCAGAGGGCGCCUGGAGUGCCGCCCCCGUGUCCUCUGGACUUGCCAGGUGAGCAGGGCCUGUGCUUGUCAGUGGCCUUGGAAAGUUAAGCAUCCUUUCCUUGACCUUCCCAGAGAAUAGGUAUACCUUCUUGUGCCCCAACCUGAUGGGUACACCCAGGUCUCGCAGCACAGUGGGUGUUGACCCGUUUCUCAAGGGCACAUGUUGACAGAUCCAUACAGGGGUUCCAGGGCUAUAGACAGAGCUGUGCUCAUUCCAUAGGCUGCUGACAGAAACCUACUGAGUGGCCUGAAAGCGUGGUGGCCUGGGACUGGGGUCCUUGUGGGUAGGCAACCUGGCUCUCAUGAUUAGUCUGUCCCUUAUUUAGCUCCCUCUCAGGCUGGUGCCAGUCCCAGACCCCCAGAAGUUGUCUUUUCCCAAAGCUGCGGAGAUUAUCACCUAGCCCAAAGUGAAAGAGAAAGUCCUCCCCCCAGGUCCGCCCCGCCCCGCCCCGCGGCCAAUCCCCGUAGCCCUUCGUCUCCUCCCUCCCCUGCCGGCCUCUUUAUCUCUUCAGCGAGCGCGCUAGCUCUGGAGCCGCGGAGCAGCAAUUGUGCGCACUCUAGGGGUGCGCUCAGGAUUCCUGCGUCUGUCUGGAGAGAAACACUUUCCUUGGGAAGUGGACAGGAAGGAGCUCCACAAAGGAGGAACCACCACUGCCCCAUCCCGCUGACAGUGGCAGAUGCUAGCUGCCUCUGCUCAAGGUUGGGAACUGGUUGCUGCAGCUCAAGUCCAGGGUCCCGAGUACCACUGCACUAAAAGGCACCUGGCCCUUUAAAAGCUGGAGCUUGCUUUCUGUGCGUGAGCACGAGCGAGCGAGCGCCUGAGCGUGGCAGAAGUCUUGGAAUUGGUCUGAAGGUGAGGACAUCCCCUCCCCCACCAUCAGCCACCACCGCCAGCCACCCUCAUUGUCCUCGGCAGCCCCUCCCCACCAGUGCCUCCACUUAACACACCGCCUGGUCUGAGUCAGCCUCCUGCUUCACUUGGUGUAAAUGGCUGAUAAGCAGAUCAGCCUGCCGGCCAAGCUCAUCAAUGGUGGCAUCGCUGGGCUGAUCGGGGUCACCUGCGUGUUCCCCAUCGACCUGGCUAAGACAAGGCUGCAGAACCAACAGAAUGGCCAGCGCAUGUAUGCCAGCAUGUCUGACUGCCUCAUCAAGACAAUCCGCUCCGAGGGCUACUUCGGCAUGUACAGGGGAGCAGCAGUGAACCUGACCCUGGUCACCCCCGAGAAGGCCAUCAAACUGGCAGCUAAUGACUUCUUCAGACAUCAGCUCUCUAAGGAUGGACAGAAGCUGACUCUGCCGAAGGAGAUGUUGGCAGGGUGCGGAGCUGGCACCUGCCAGGUGAUUGUGACCACCCCCAUGGAGAUGCUGAAGAUCCAAUUGCAAGAUGCAGGCCGCAUUGCUGCUCAGAGGAAGAUUCUGGCUGCUCAGGCUCAGCUUUCGGCCCAGGGAGGUACCCAGCCCUCAGUAGAGGCUCCAGCUGCUCCUCGACCCACUGCCACCCAGCUGACCCGUGACCUGCUGCGGAACCAUGGCAUCGCUGGUCUCUACAAGGGACUGGGGGCCACACUGCUCAGGGAUGUCCCCUUCUCCAUUGUCUACUUCCCCCUGUUUGCCAACCUCAACCAGCUGGGCCGCCCAUCUUCUGAGGAGAAGUCACCUUUCUAUGUGUCCUUCCUGGCAGGCUGUGUGGCUGGGAGUGCAGCCGCCGUGGCUGUCAACCCCUGUGAUGUGGUGAAGACUCGGCUUCAGUCACUUGAGCGAGGCGUCAAUGAGGACACUUACUCGGGGUUUCUGGACUGUGCCAGGAAGAUCUGGAGACAUGAGGGCCCCUCAGCCUUCCUGAAAGGUGCAUACUGCCGGGCACUGGUCAUUGCCCCGCUGUUUGGCAUUGCCCAGGUGGUCUACUUCCUGGGCAUUGCUGAGUCCCUGCUGGGGCUGCUGCAAGAACCCCAGGCCUGAGCCCGUGGCUGCGUCUCCCCAGCCUAUGGGCUGGGGCCAGAACAGGGUGACCAGCACAAGCCUGAGGAGGACUGGUCUCUCCCCAGUCCUCCCUGUCAAACAAGAAGGCAGGGGGAGGGUGCAGGAUCCACAUGGGUGGUGCACACAUAGGCCCCCAUGGGGUCCUGAGGGACAAAAAAUUGGGAUCAAGGUUUUAUUUAUGUAGAAAAUGCAGAAAUCUGUACAUUCCUUAAGCCAGUCCCGUUGAGCCAGUACUGUCCCAUCCCUGUACCCUAACCCAGUCUUACCUGGCCUGAACACCCCCUAAGACAGAGCUGGUCUCUGGGCUGGGGCCCCCAGGCCUGGUCUGGGCAGGCAGACCCUACCCUGUAGUCCACUGGCUCCGGUCUCCGAGUAUCUCCUGGUCUACGAAGGGGAACCCACCCACACACACAAAGUUAUUUAUUGAAUUUGCUGUGCCCACGUGGCUCUGCCUGUCCUCCGUCCAUCAGUCUGUUUGCCCCUGCUGCUCUUUCUGCCUCAACCAGGACCCCACUCUGCCUCCCCAGCCAGCCUUACAGGAGUAAGUUCUGUCCUCGUGUUAAGCUAGGAUUCCUAGGCUGGGUGUGCUGCCACAUUCAAUCCUGAUCCCAGGCACCCCACACAUACUCUUCCUGGUGAGCCUUUGGGCCCCCACCCCAUGUGGGACCUGGAUUGCUUGAGGUCUCUGUGUGCUUGUGAUGGGGGAGGUUGCCCUCCACCCCCUAGCAGUCGGCUGGCCAGGCUGCAUGGGGAUGGGCCCUUAAGGGCACAGUUGCCUUUCCCGAUGGAGUCAGGCACCCCGUGCUUGUGUGCUGUGUGUGCCUCAGGUCUUCUGCUGACCCGUCCAGUAAUUUAGUUCUCCAGCCUGGAAACUUCUGGUAGAGCCCUACUCCUGGACAGAGGUUGCUUGUGGGGGAAGGGGAACGUGAAGGCCAGUAUGGAGCCUAGGCCAUCCAGCUCUCUGGGCCUCUGUCCAUAUUUGAGAAACCACACCCUUCCAGCCCUGGAUCCUCUGUUCUGAAUCAAAGCAGUCCUCAUCCCCUGCCCUGGCCAUGUGAUUGUGUUUGGUGAUUGACUGAAGUGCUGGUGCUGUGUCCCUCAAGCCCAACCCCCUCCGUGGAGGCCCCUUCCCAGUGACACUACCAGGGGCCCCAGUCCGGGCCAUCCCUCCUUCACGGUUGCUCCUGGGAGCCUCCCCUCCUAUCAUGUCUGUACCUUGAAAGCUGCUGCUGCUGCUUACAGAAUUAUAUUUUUUUCUUUUGAAGAGUUUAAGAAGUUGUAAUUUUUGUGUCUUGUCAUGUAAAAGAUAAAUAAAUAUUCUAAAUAAA